AUGCUCGGCCACUCCGGUGCAGAUGAAGCUGCUGGGGCCGAAGGGAUGUCAGGGAUGUCGUCUCACUCCCUGGAUAGGCUGCUCGGGUUUCACGUUCCGCCACCACCGAUUCGUGUCCGGCCGUGGUGGUUUUCCGCGCAGGAACUGAACGAACCUCUGGUGUUUCACCUGGACCCCUGGCUGGUAGAACCGAUUUUUGGCCGAGACGGAACCGUCCUCUCGGAAAUGGAAUGGAUGAGCCAGGCCUUGCUGAGGGUGGACCCAACGGACACCGGGGAACUAGUGGAAAUCACCGUGUUUGGGCAGCCCGGCGUGAAGACUCGGGUGAAGAACAUUAUCCAGAGCCUGGCAGUGUGGUUCCGAGAACUUCGUGACCAACGAGCUAAGAAGAUAAAACGCCUUGAGGAGUUCUUGAAGGCUAGUUCACCGUAUCCAGAAACUAUCCAGCAUCCAGUUGAAUACAAACAAGAUGGCAAUAAUUAG